ACAAUCGUACACACCACACACACACACAAAGACACAACACUCACACACGUACGCACAGGAGCUAUUUACUUAGUACUACGUAAGAAAGCCAUCUGGAAAUGGUGUAUGGAUGAAAGCGAAGUUUGUGGAGAAACUUUCCAGAUUUCAUUUCGUUUCUAUUAAUGUCUGCAUUGUCUGAAGGCGUAGCCGGCUGACCAAAGGAAAAUAUUCGGAAAUACACCAACAGAAAAGACUUUCAUCGCCGUGGAACCUAUUUUCUUGACAUAUUUGAAAUCACCACACGAGUAUAUUCACCACUAUGGGGAUUCGACGACAGUUCAUAGGCUUCACUGGGGCCGUACAGGUCCUUCUGACCCUCGUGAUGUUUGCCAUGGGUGCAACGCUUUCAGACAUAGCCAUCGUGCAGGGGGUUGUCCAGGGUUCUGCAGAUGACAGCAGUAUCGACAGCAUGGCCAUUGGAGUUCCUCUCUGGGGAGGGAUAGUGAUUCUGAUGUGCGGGGCAGGAAACAUCGUGGAAGCCUUUACUGCAAGAUCUAGCCGCAAGCGAAAAAACGACCUUUUGCCGUGCUCGAUCGGUGCUUUCCUGGCCAACCUUAUCGCUUUCGUCGUAUCCGGCAUCAUCAUCGGGAUCUUCUCCUGGUCCAUCUACGAGGUCGCUUCGACGUUCAUCAUCGCCGUCUCCACCGUGCUCCUAUCAGCUAGUAUUAUCUUCCUCAUGUCCAUGUUAGCUAUGUUCGUUGACUGCAUGACUGUCUGUCUCAGUACCGGCCCUUCACAACCCCGACCAUACAUUGUCGACUACGAUCACGGUCCACCACGCGGCCCCGUACACGUAUACAAGGCAUGAUGGGAAUGUUUCAACUUUAACCCGUUGACUUCUGAAUUAUCUCAUUACCAUAGACCUAAUACUGGGACCAGUCGACUCUCGUAUACAAAGGGUUAAUAAAGGAAGCCUUGAAACUGAUCGGGAACCCCCCCCCCCCCCCCCACGAAAUCAACUCAAGGCCUAUCGUAACAUUUCUAAAUAUGACGCACAUUACUAUUGAAAAUGCCUUUAGCUUGAUUAUUUGAAAGUAUUUGUGAUUGUAUUUUUGGGGGAAAUGCUACAUGCAUAUUCAGGCAGGCUUAUACCUGUGAUGUAACUCAAUAACAAAGAAUAGGACAAAAAUGAGGGAAAACCCUCCCGCAUUGCAACAAAGUACACAUUCUAAACUUUAUUACAAUUAUAUGCAACUUCUUUUCUUUCCUGUUGGUAGAAAAAAGGCAAGUAUAAGAAGUGCGAGUAUAGGGGGCUUAAAGAAACCGAUAUCUUUGAAUUGCCUUAAUCGAAAUAUAUCGUAUGUCAAUAAUUAAUCCAGUGAACUAACAUGACUAUAUUAUGAUUUUGUUCAGCGAGGCUGAGAUUUUGGAAUAAUACUAAAAUGCAGUCAUAAACAAAAAAUCGUUUCCUUACGUUGAUAAAAGAUAAACGUUUUCGGUUUUAGACCCCCCCCCCCCCCCAUAACCAGGUUAUAGCGUGUUAUUUUUGCUUGACAUUUUUAAAGCGGUUUUCAGAUUAAUUCUCUAAUAAGAAGAAUAAAAUGUUUCACAAAAUAUCGAUGUUACCAUUAUGGUUUUAUAAACAAAAUCGAAUAUUGUCUCACUUAUUAUGCUGCAAGGUUUUCCCUGUCUUUGAUGUAUAUUUUCUUUUGCAUUCGUAUUUUUUUAUAUAUUUUGUUUGUUUUUACACAAAACUAUGGAGAGCAAUAUUUUGUUUGAUAGCGAGUAUUUGUUGCCCCUCUCUCUUUUGUGAUUAUUUAUAUGGACCCAAAGAACGCAAUACACAGUACAUGAGAUCUUCGCCCCAUUUCACAAAAAUUGUCAUCAGUGACACGACAGUUUUUGUUAUAAGCUAGUGAAAUCCUUGCUUCUGAUUGGUUAUCAGCAGAUAUGUCACUGAUCUUAGUCAUUUGUCAUUGCAAAAAAGCUUUGUGAAACGGGUCCCUGUAAUUUCAACAAGAGACAACAAGAAACAAUAACAUAAUCUCUCAGUGGUUUUCAUUUAUCAGGUAGAAGGUAGAAGAUCCAAUGUCAAUUAAAAUGACACCAAAGUUAUCAAUGUGAAUUCUAAGGCUAUUUUUGUGAGGCGAUGUCGUUUACAAAAUUUGCUACUUUUACGACAACCGUUGUCACAAUUCAAGCUGCGAGAAAUUUGCACAUGACGGCUUUCCAUACUAUCAUCUGUGUUAACGAGAGAAGGGACCCGUUUCUCAAAGCUUUCUUUCAAUGACAAAUUACAAAAAAAUUAGUGACAAAUCUGCUGAUAACCAAUCAGAAGCAAGGAUUUCAGUAGCUUAUAACAAAAACCGGUCACAUGUCACUGAUGACAAAUUUGUGAAAUGGGGCCCAAGAAAUUGCGGUCUUUUGGGGGACACCCUGUAUAAUGUUCCUGCACUCCCUAUUACCUGCACAUAAUUAACCAAAGAUUACAGUUAUUAAUUAGUAUUACCUCAUUAUCUAACUCGUAAAGGUCUUUAUCUACUACUAUAAUUAUUUCUCAUUUUUCACCUUGAUCUGAUGACGUUCUUUGUUUAUGAUUUGUCAUUAUGUUAUUAAUCUAUGUUUUCAAUUCAAUGUUUAAUCUGGUAAAAUAAAAAAUAAAUGUAUUUUCUCCGGAAA